AUGGAAAAUAGUCCAUUAAAAGUCGGCGACGCUUCAGCUCAAGAAUCUAAGAAAGAAGAGGUAAAAGAACUAGUCAGGAUGAAUAUUUCUGCCUUACAAUUCAAGGUUUUGAAGCAAUGGGGGUUUGCCAGGGCAUCUCUCUUAACUCUUCCACACGGAGACGUUAGGACCCCUGUCUACAUGCCUGUAGGCACGAAAGGAGCCAUGAAAGGGCUUCUUCCUAAGAACAUGAAGGAUGAUAUUGACUGUGAAAUAAUGCUUGCAAACACUUAUCAUCUCUUCCUCAAACCUGGGGAAGAGAUUCUUGAUAGAGAAGGAGGCUUACAUAAGUUUGCAGCUUGGGAUAAAAAUUACUUGACAGAUAGUGGAGGAUUCCAAAUUGUCUCUCUCAGUGACCUCAAUGAGGUUACUGAAGAAGGAGUGACUUUUGAAUCACAUAUUGAUAAGAUGAAGUUCCUUCUAACUCCUGAAAGAUCAAUGGAAGUUCAAAACUCUAUUGGAGCAGAUAUUAUGAUGGCUCUUGACGAUGUUGUCCCUCCAACAAUUACAGAUGCUGAUAGAUUAGAAGAAGCUAUGCAUAGAUCAGUCAGAUGGCUUGAUAGAUGCAUCCUUGCACAUAAAAAGCCAGAAGUACAAAAUCUCUUUGCUAUCGUUCAAGGAGGUUGUGAUGACGAUCUCAGGAAAAUAUGUUGUGAUGAAAUGAUCAAAAGAAACACUCCAGGAUAUGCUAUUGGAGGGCUUGCUGGAGGAGAAGACAAGGAAGAUUUUUGGAGGACAGUUCAUACCUGUACUCAACUCCUUCCUGAUGAUAAGCCAAGAUAUGUAAUGGGCAUUGGAUAUCCAGUAGACAUACUCAUCUGUUCAUUGCUAGGAGCUGAUAUGUACGACUGAGUAUAUGCUACAAGAGUUGCACGGUUUGGAACAGUUUUUACUAGAAAUGGAGAAAUCAAACUUCGUGGAUCAAGUAACAAGAACCAGUUUAUCCCUAUUGACUCAAAAUGCCAAUGAUAUACAUGCAAAAACUAUACUAGGUCCUACUUAUGGCAAUCUUUUACAAGAGAUUCUAGCUGUCUACAACUUCUUAGUCUUCACAAUGUAUACUUCCUAUUAGACAUAAUCAGAGAAUUCAGACAAGCAAUACUUGACGAGAAUGUUGAAGAAUAUAUGACAAAUUUCGUCACAGAUUACUACAUCACCGAAAAAGAUGGAGUUCCUCAAUGGGUCAAAAAUGCUCUGAAAGCAGGAGGCAUCGAUAUGUCUUAA